AACUGGCAGCCUUGUUUACCGGUGGCGUCACUUCCGGCCAUGUCUGCCGCUUGCUGUCCGCUCACUGAAGACACGUUCAGCCGGUUCCCGUCUCAAAGCAAUGUGUACGGGCUGUCAGUGCUGCCCUGCCCCGGGCCUGGCGGACACGAACUGCUGGCGGCCACCCUGAAAGGCAAAGUCACCAACUUCAAGUACCAGGACCUCCGGGACAAUCUACGAGCCGGGGCCAGGGAGGUCCAGUUCACCUAUAUACCAGUGGACGCCGAGAUUGUUUCCAUCGAUUCCUUCAGCAAGUCUCCCCCCAAGCGUGGCCUAGUAGUGGGGAUCACUUUCAUUAAGGAUUCGGGAAACAAGGCCAGUCCUUUCCUAAAUAUUUACUGCGACUACGAGCCCGGAUCGGAGUACAAUCUGGAUUCCAUUGCACAAAGUUGCUUAAACCUAGAGCUGAAAUUCACCCCUUUCCAGCUGUGCCAUGCGGAGGUGCAUGAUGGGGAUCAGCAGGAGACGGUGUUUUUACUGGGAGGCAACGAUCAGUACAUCCACCUCUACAAAGAGAAUGAAAGCCUACACCAGUUUGAAGAACAACCCGUUGAAAACCUUUUUCCAGAGCUGAGAGAUCUCCCCAGCAAUGUUACGUGGCUGAGUGUUCAUAACAUCCCAGACACCCAGAGACGCAUUACGGCAUAUGGAUGUCAGAGUGGAUAUUUUUGUAUCUCCCAUGUGGAUCAAGGAAAGCGAGAGAUUCUGCAGAGCUGGUCCCUGCAGCAGGAUGGUCCUCUCUCCAAGGUGCUGAUCUUCAGGAUGCCCUGUGUACAGCAUGAAGCAGAAGGUGAGUUUUCUUGGGAUGAUGCCUGUGAUGACCAGACCUUUAAGGAGGAAUACAGUGUCCUGGUGACCAGUACUAUAGAGCUGUCUGCUGUUUAUAGGAACAUCCUACAAAGUGGUCUCCGAGAACAGCUUCUUCUACCAGAAAGUGACCAGUUUGACAGUGUCCUUUCUGCUGUGACGGCCGAUGUGGAUUUUGAUGGAGAGCCAGAGAUUUUACUGGGAACGUAUGGUCAGGAGCUUCUGUGUUACAAGUACAUACAGCGACCAGGUGCGGAGAGGCAAUUUCAGCUACUAUGGCAGAGAAGCUUCCCAAGUCCCCUGCUGUGCAUGGCUGUUGUGGAUUUGACCUGCGACGGUCUGUAUGAACUGGCCAUUGUGUGUCUGAAAGGACUGCACAUACUGCAGCAAAGUUUGACGAAAACAUCUCGGUGCCUCAUCCAGCGUCUUCGAGAGCAGGUGGCACGCACCAAGAUGUCAGACGUAACAGAUACACAAAAGGAACCAGAUGCUGAACCUUCAAAUGAUUAUAGACACGACUGCACCACGUACAUUCAGAUAUGAAUCCUCUCAGAGAGGCCAUACGUGA